GGCGGGUCCGCGGUUUCUGCGCGGAGAACCGAACCGGCCCACGUGGGCCCGGCCGCCCCGCCCCGCCGCGCAGACGCGGCCCGACUCCGCAGUCCCGGCCGGGGCUGGGAUCUGGCGCCCAUCCGGCCCACUGACCCCGCAGGCCGAGGUGCCGCCGAGCCGCAGUGGUGAGCUCCCCGCGAGCAGGCCGGGCGGAACCAGAGCGGCCCGCAGGAGCGGGCGCCACAGACAGCCAGAUGUUUGCCAUCCAGCCAGGGCUGCCUGAGGGAGGCCAGUUUUCCGGGGACAUGCCUCCUGGAGUGUGUGAGCCUGAACUUGAACCAGAUAACAACUCCAACUUCAUGAAGGAUGCCAAUGAGAACUGGCCUGGGGUGCCAGGCAGAAUGGAACCCACGCUGUUAAGGAGCUCCUCCGAGUCAUUGUCUGACAACCAGACCUUCCAGGCCUCAGGACUCCCUGAGGGAGUGGUCCGCAGCCCCCCAGAGGGUGCAGAGAUUCCUGGUAAUGAGCCUGAGAAGAAUGAUGAUGCUGUCACUGUCUGCUCCCCUUUAGAGGACAAUGGCUAUGCCAGUAGCUCCCUGAGCAUUGACAGCACUAGCAGCAGUCCUGAGCCUGCCUGUGGGACCCCUCGAGGUCCUGGCCCUCCAGAUCCUCUUCUGCCCUCAGUGGCCCAGGCUAUGCUACAGCUGCAGGCUCAGGAGCGCUACAAAGAGCAGGAGAAGGAGAAGCAUCACGUGCACUUGGUGAUGUACCGUCGUCUGGCACUGCUGCAGUGGAUCAGGGGCCUGCAGCACCAGUUGGUUGACCAGCAGGCCCGUCUGCAGGAUAGCUUUGACACCAUCCUAGAUAACCGGAAGGAGCUCAUUCGCUGUCUCCAGCAGAGGGCAGUACCAUCCAGGCCCCAAGACCAGCACUGAGUGUGCUUCCUCCAGCCAGCAAGCGACCCUGUACACAUGUUUCUGCAGAUGUGUGUGACCAAGCAAAAGUAUGUACAUAACUGGGUGUGGUGGCACACACCUGGGAUCCUGGCACUCAGAAGGCUGAUGCAGGAGGAUCACUACGAGUUCAA